CAUUAUCCAAGCUGCAUUUUCACAGCAAUAAUAUACUACAUGCAUAUAAAUACCUUCACAAGAAAAGCCUCAAACCAACCCUUCAUCUUCUUCUUCAGCCAAGACCUAUAGCUAGCUUGAAAAACUAAUCCACCACACAACCAUGCCUCAAUCUCAAUCCCUCCCAAAGUACUUGCAAGAAGACGACAUCUCUCAAGAAUGCAGAGACCUCCUUUCCUCUCUCCCCUGCGAACAAGGCUGGGUCGUCACCUCCCUCUACCUAUACCAAGGCUUUUGGGUCCCUCCAAAGCAAUUGAAGGGUAUCCUCACUUGCCAGAGACACUUCCAAGCCCGAGACACCGACGUCCUCCUCGUCACCAUCCCGAAGUCCGGGACCACCUGGCUCAAGGCCAUCCUGUUCGCCCUCCUCAACCGGGCCAAGUACUCAGGCUCAGGCUCGCAACCACAGCACCCUCUGCUGAGCCAAAACCCUCACGACCUCGUGCCCUUUCUGGAUUUCGAGCCCUACCUUGAGCAGGACGCUCCCGACCUUGCCUCACUCCCGCCCCCGAGGCUCUUCGCCACCCACUUGCCUUAUCAUUCGCUCCCGCAGUCGGUGAGGGACUCCAAGUGCAAGCUGGUGUACUUGAGCAGGAACCCCAAGGACACCUUCGUCUCGCUCUGGCACUUCGCCAACAACCUGACGCCCAAGGACGAGGGCGAGAUCUCGCUGCAGGAGUCGCUCAACAAGUUCUGCCGCGGCGUGAACGGGUACGGGCCUUACUGGGACCACGUGCUGGGCUACCACAAGGCGAGCUCGGAGACACCCGAGAAGGUGUUGUUCCUAAAGUACGAGGACAUGAAGGAGAACCCGUGCGCUCAACUGAGGAGGCUGGCGGGUUUCUUGGGGUGUCCGUUCAGUGAAGAAGAGCUGAAAGAGGGGACAGUGGACGAAAUACUGAGGCUCUGUAGUUUUGACAGCUUGAGCGGGUUGGAGGUGAACAAGAGCGGCAAGACGGCUCUAGGGCAUGAGAACAAGUCGUACUUCAGGAGAGGCGAGGUUGGAGAUUGGGUAAAUUGCCUGAGCGUUGAUAUGGCCCAGAGGAUUGACCGCGCUAUGGAAGAGAAGCUGCGCGGCUCUGGGCUGAGGCUUUAGGGAAGUGUGUGUGGGUCUGUGUAAUAAGAAAAAAAUUAUGAGUGCUCGUCAUAUUUGAGAUUAUUAUAUGAAUAUUCUACCUCUAGGUUUAAUUUGGAGGACGGAAUUGUUGAAAAAUAAUUACGGAUUCAACUACGGCAUUUACGUCGUGAAAAACGAUGUUAAAAGACAAAUGGAUAUAGAUGAGUGCUCGUUUCUGAUU